CGCCAUCACACUCAUCGGCAACGUUACUCUCCAAAACCACAAAUGCAACAUCACCGAUUCCCACGUCUCAUGUUGCUUCUCUAAGUUAACGCCAUGCGCAGUGCUCCAUUGUCCGCCCAGUGCCCAGCGCCCACGCCAGACCUGGGACAUUUCUCAGUGGUCUAACUCGUGCAUCAGUGUCUGUCGGCUUUCUCUCUGACCCGGAUCACCUGUUCCCAAUCCUCCUCCCCUACAGCCUUCUCGUCCCCUUUCCCAUCCAAUCAGAUUAUAUGUGGGGAAGAACGUGCUUCAUACCGUUAUGGCCACGAACGGGGAUGUACCACCCCUGUGGGAUGAAUCGAGGCAACUCGGCCAAUUGUUCAUGAUGGGCUUUGAUGGCACUUCUGUCACUGACCAAGUCCGGACCUUGAUCGAGAAGUAUCACGUAGGCUCGAUUCUUCUCAAGGCUCAAAACCUCAAAUGUGCUACCCCUUAUAACCUGAUGCUAUAUGCUUGCUUCGUUGAAAUCGUGUGUUUGUUGACUGACAUUGGAACCGCAAACAGCUGCCGAACAGGCUACUCAGCUUGUGCUUGAAUUGCAGACCCUUGCCCGUCGCUCUGGUCACCCCGUUCCCCUUCUCAUUGCGCUGGAUCAAGAGAAUGGCGGCGUUAACAGUCUCUACGAUGAGGUGUAUAUCCGUCAAUUUCCCAGCGCUAUGGGUAUCGCCGCUUCGGGGUCCAAGAAGCUGGCCAAAGAAAUCGCACGCGCAACUGCUCAAGAGUUAAACUCGUGCGGCAUCAAUUGGAUCUUGGGUCCUGUACUCGACGUUUUGACUAACGCUAGAAAUCAGCCUCUUGGUGUUCGUUCACUCGGAGACGACCCACACGAGGUGUCUGCUUACGGUGUUGAGUGUAUUCGAGGGUAUCAAGAAGGCGGAGUUGCCACGUGUGGAAAGCAUUUUCCUUCGUAUGGUAAUCUCGAAUUCUUUGGCGUCCCGGACGAUGUGCCUACUAUCACCGAAUCGCUUGAGAACAUGAGUCAAAGUGCCCUUGUCCCUUUUCGAAAUGCAAUUGCACAAGGCCUUGAUUCGAUGAUGGUAGGAGGUGUUGCGAUGACUUCUUCACUGCUCAAUGUCAUGCAUGCCUGUCUCUCUGAGCAAAUUGUGCGUGAUCUACUGCGCCAUGAAAUGCGGUUCGAAGGAGUGGUGGUUUCAGAAUGCUUGGAGAUGGAAGCACUCAGUCGCAAUAUAGGGAUCAGUGGCGGUACCGUCAUGGCAUUCCAGGCCGGCUGCGACUUGAUUCUCACCUGCAGAAGCAUGUCAGUUCAGGAAGACGCUAUCAAUGGCCUAAAGGCUGGUUUGGACAAUGGUAUGAUCGAAAGACAUCGAGUGCAAGAAUCAGUGCAAAGAAUUCUCAACAUGAAGGCGAAAUACACGUCGUGGGAAAAGGCUUUCUCACCGCCUGGAAUUGAAAAUCUUGCACGGCUACAGCCGCUUCACACCAGUCUGUCGACCACAGCAUACAACAAGUCAAUCACAGUCGUCCGAGACCAGAAACAUUUUUUGCCGCUCUCAAGGGUGGUCAAAGCUGAAGAAGAACUGCUCCUGUUGACGCCAUUGGUCAAACCACUUCCAGCAUCUGCUAUAUUCCACCAAAUGCAACAUGAUGUGUCUUCUGUACCAUUGUUGGGUCGGAGCCCCAGUGUCGAUGCCAACACCUCAGUCAUGAGUGGCGAGCAAGUGUUCCGAGAACUUGGUCGGUCGUUAGCCAGACAUCGGAAUGGAAAGAUGUCUCACACCUCAUACACAGCAAACGGUGUCAGGCCUCUCCACGAAAACCUGCUCAACCGCGCGCAAGGGGUGAUUGUUGUUACUGCAGAUGCUGGUAGGAACAUGUACCAAAAUGCAUUUGCGAAACACAUCUCAAUGCUGUGCAAGCUGGCCGUGGGACCAGAUGGAAGGCCCAAGCAGAAACCCUGUGUGGUGGUUGCGGUCAGCUCUCCUUUUGAUUUUGCGGCAGACCCUUCGAUAGGGACGUAUGUUUGCACCUAUGACUUUACUGAGACCGCCCUUCGUGCCCUCGUGCAAGUCCUUUACGGGGAACUCAACCCGACGGGAGUACUACCCGGAUCGUCCAGCCAGAAACUACAAACGAGUCAGAACUGGCAGCAGUGGCUUGUAGAAAGCUUCAGCGAGGACCGGGACUCUGCCGCGCUCGACGUUUUAAUCGCCCAGUGUCAGAACGACUCGUCAGCGCAGGCCGUGCUGCUCAAGAACAUCCACAGUGGCACUUUCCUGCUUCGAGAUCCAGAUGUCGAAGAAGCCCAUUUCGUGGUCCGGAACAGCAGCACCAAGGAGCUCUUUGGAUUCUGCACAACAUAUUACUCGAAGAGUAGCGGUGUCGGACAUGUUGGAGCCAUCAUUGUUGAUCCUGCUCGCCGCCAACUGUCGAUUGGUCAUUCACUACAUGACCGUGCGAUCCGAGCUCUCCUGCAGAAGAAAGGCGCCGCCAAAUUUCAGUUGGGGGUCAGGUUUCCGCACGUGUUUCUGGGCAUACCUAAACUUGGUUCUAUUGAGUACAAGAAACUACGGCAAUGGUUCGCGAAGUUGGGCUGGAACACAUCCCUUUCAAGCUCAGUCGCCACCAUGAUGAUACGCGAUCUCUCGAUAUGGUCAGUACCAGAAGGACUCGGUCAGAAAUUGGCCAAUCCUGACGUUAAAUUUGAUCUCGUUUAUGGCAACGAAUACAACGAUGUUAUGAUGGAGCAUCUCAAAAGAUGUGCCAGGAACGAUGUUCGAGGGAUCUAUCAAACGGCAAUGAGCAACAAAGAGGGUUGCGGCAUCAUUCGAGCCAAGAAAACGACAGAUCAGUCGAUAUUAGGAUCUAUCCUGGUGUGUCGAUCAGAGUCGCAGAUAGCAAAGUACAUUCCGUCGGUGUACAAACAGCCUGGGGUGGCUUGCAUAUCGUCUCCGGUCAUUUCAACCAUGUCUGGCGACAGGAAAUCUCUAUUCCAGGGUCUUGUUCUGUUGGGCAUCAAACAAUUCAAGAAACAGGGCCUGAGGUCUGUUCUCCUGGACUAUAUACGAGAGGACGCGACCGCCGAUGGUCUCAAGGCAUUGGGCUUCACUACUGCGAAUAGCUUCGAUGAGGUGUCCAGCGAACCCAUGCACUGGACGAUGAUGCCUGGAACCUAAUUUGCGUACGUCCAAUAUACUAUAUCUGUACAACACAGUCUCGUCCAUGGGUCUCCUUCCUCAAUCACUCGUACUGUCAGAUGCAGGUCCAACUCAUCGUCCUGGGCACAAAAGGACAAAUCCAAACAGCACGCCGACUAUGGAGCCAACCAACAUGGGCCAACAAAGACCCUGAACAAAGACCCUGAACAACAUGAAUGUGGUUCUGAAUAAUGACUCGUGCAUCGGAACCGGGAUACCUCUGGGUCGAACGAUGCCGGACUCGCAAUACCCCUCUCAAAUAUACACGUGACCAUUUGUGCCACAGGGAUCUAAGAAGUUGAGAAUUCGGAACAGUACGUUCCGUGAGAGCUGUGUGAUCGAGGCCACCGAGUGCGUCAUGGAGAGUGCUGCAGGGUCCAGUCAUGUCCAGCCGCUUCUAGCCGCAGGGCCAGCUGAGGAUGAAGCUCACAUCUGAUAUAUUGGCAUAUCUCUACGCAAGAGACAUGUCAAACAGCGCGGUAGAGGGAAUUAUGAAUAGCGGUCGCCGCACAGAGCGGCGGAUUUUAAUGGACCGAACCGAUCGCCCUGGAAAGCCGAGAAGGGUAAGCUGAAGGAGGCAGCGAGCAGGGGAAAAGAGAUGAAUGACGGGCUUGAAAUUGGGGGCUGGAGGCCAAUAAUUGGAUAGCCUUGAACAGGUUAGUGUAAUAAUGAGCAAGACUAGCCCAAUUAGGGGAAGCGGAAGUUCGGAGGCAACCUUCCUUGGUCAAUCGGGCGAGGCGCGAGCUUUUUCAGCUUUUCUCCCUCUGACACGCCUGUGUCGCCUGGUGGUCAUGGCACCCGGGAGAAUAAUGACAGAAUGACGGUGAAUGGGAA